CUUUUGAUGGAGACAGCUGGCGACUGUAGCAAGCCACAUGCCAGAGUGCGUCGAAAUCCUGUGGCACACCUGCGAGAUGUAGAACCCCGUGUGGCAAAGCAGCGCUUACCACGGGCACGCCGCCGGGCUACGCUGGCAAGGCUCAUCAGCGGCUUGCGGGAAGCUGUUUCAUCCCGGUCAGAAAACUCAUCCUCAAAGCAUCAGGUUUUGCGUAAGGCUAAGAAAUCUAUCCGGAAGCUGGAGCAAACCUUGGGGUCUUUGCUGAAGAUGAAAGAGUCCUUCAGCCUGGAGGAUGGGAACCUGACCAGCUUGGAGGAAGUCAGGGAGAAGUACGUCAAGAGGCACUUCAGCAAUCACAGCACUGCAUCAGCCUCGGAAGCUGCGAGUGAGAGUGACUCUAGCGUCUGGUAUUCGAAUCAAGUAUGUGAAAAACAAACAAUGGAAGAGGAUGGGAAGCCAGAAUUUAUCCAGUCUCCAGACACUUCAUCCCCAGAUCUGGUGGAAUUUGAGCGAUGCUCCCUUUCCUUCCCUUUCCUUCCCUUCAAACUGAGUUUUUAUAAGCACACAGUGGACCUGGUGAUAGAGCAUGGAAUUAUUUGCGCUGAGGCGGUGCCUCUUCCUGAGGUCUCCACAGCUAUUUCCCACCUCUGGCAAGAGCUUUCUGAAGAAAGGAGAGACAGCAUCUUGCAGUACUGUAGCCAGAGAGAUUUCCUCAUGGAUCCUAAGGCUGCUUGCCAAGAGCCCGCCUGCACUGAAGGUAGCGUGAGGGACAGCCAAGGUAACAGUAAGGAAGCCAGUGGUUCCUCGGUCUCCACACCGGAGGAAGUAAUGUUUGAAGAUGCGUUUGACAUUACUGCUGGUUUCCUUGACAGAAGCGAGAAUCAGGGAAUGUCUAGCCAGAGUUCAGCAUCUGCAAGCUGCACUUCUGAAAAUCCAGAGGAUCACCACAGGCUCUAUCUGCAGAUCACUGACUUCCUAAAAAGCCUCUUCUUUGACAAUACACAGUUUUGCCAGCGAAACCCCUCCGCCAGUGAGGACGGGGACGGGGUGAUGCAGACUAACAACACGUCUUCACACACGUGUUACAGCACAACCGAAUUCGAGGGGGCUGAUGAGUAA